AUGCCUCACAGUGAGAGUCAGAGCCACAAGCUUGAAGUUGGCCUUAAGGCCCAAAGAGAGGCUGAGGGCCUGGUAGGUGCACAGGUUCCUGUAAGUGAGGAGAAGGAAGCUCCCUCUCCUCCUCUCUCUGCUUGGGUCCAGGGCACCCUAGAGGUGGUGCCUGCUGAUGGAAAACCAGGUGGUUCCUCUACCACUGAAGGUGCUCCAUCGAGCAAAUCAGAUGAGGGCUCCAGCGGCCAAAACCAGGAUGCGGGUCCCUCCCAGGCUCUCCCAGAUCCAGAGCCGUUGCUCCGUGUUGACCUAGACAACAUGGUAGCUGAAUUGAUGCAGUUUCUGAGCAACAAGUACGUAACAAAGGAGGCCUUCACGAAGGCAGAAAUGCUGACGGUCAUCAGCGAGCACAAGAACCACUUCCCCGUGAUCUUCAAGAAAGUCUGUGAGUGCAUGGAGGUUGUCUUUGGCCUUGAAGCGAAGGAAGUGGACCCCAUCAACCACUCUUAUAUGCUUGUCAGAAUCCUCGACCUCAGCUACGACGGGAUGCUGAGUGGUGAUGACCAGGGCAUGCCCAAGACCGGCUUCCUCACCCUUAUGCUGGGUGUGAUCUUUAUGGAGGGCAAAUGUGUCUCUGAGGAUAGGAUCUGGAGCAUCCUGAACAAGAUCGGAGUCUAUGCUGGGAUCGAGGAUUUCCUCUAUGGGGAGCCCAGGAAGCUCAUCACUGAAGAUUUGGUGCAGGAAAACUACCUGGUGUACCAGCAGGUGCCCAACAGCGAUCCUCCACGCUAUGAAUUCCUGUGGGGUCCCAGGGCCUACGCUGAAACCAGCCAGAUGAAAGUCCUGCAGUUCUUUGCCAAGGUCAGUGGCCCUGACCCCACUUACCCCCAAUCCUGGCACGAGCAAGCUUUGAGAGAUGAGCCCAAGCCAGCCCAGGCUGCAGCGGCCACCAGCGAUGGUACUGUUGUCACAGCCAGUGAAAGUGCCAGUGUCUCGUCGACCAGUGUCUCUAACCCUGACUGAAGCCAGAGGAAGAUCCCCCACUCUGUUUGAAGAGGGUAGUCAAGGUUCUCAAUAGUGGGGGACUGAAUUGCAGAUUUUAUCUUUCUUUUUUCUUUUUGGUAUUUUUCAGACGUUCGUUCUUCCUUCUUAAAGGUUUGCUGGCCUCAUAGUAAGUUCAUGAACUACGCUGGCCACAUGUUAAUUAGGCUUAAGAAUUGAAUUUUUGUUCUUCUGAAAAACAUAUUGGGAAAUUUCCGAUCCUAUUUUCUGAUCUGGAAGAAGAUAGCAUGGCCUGGACAGUGGAAUUUCCUGAGAAAUACACAAGAGUCCAGCACUAGAACUGAUGGGAUCGAGAAAUAGUGGGGGAAAGGGACAAGAUGGUUACGCUAGGAUUCCUGUAUCCCAUGUAGUCUGCUGCCUAGUAAAAUUAAAGAUCUAUACCUGGAUUUGUUUGGUUAAAGUGUGCAUGAGAAAUUAAAUUCUUAAUAUAGGAAA